UUUGAUACCCAAAAUCUCAUCUUGCACAUCCAACGGUCCAAGGAAUUCUUGGGUACCUAUCCAUCCACAAACCCUCGAUAGAAUUCUCCCUAGCACGAUUAACCCAGAAGAGAGAAUCAAGAAUUUGAUGACCAAAAUGGAGACAUGGCUCUUCAUCAUCAUCUCCCUCUGUGUUGCUGCUUUCCUCAAAUCUCUCUGUGAUUUCUUCUUCCCAAAACUGAACCUUCCACCAGGACCCACCAGGGUUCCUCUCAUCGGAAACUUCUUAUUGUUCCGUAAAUUCUUGUUGGACUUCGAACCAGUCAUCCGAAACCUACACAGCAAGUACGGCCCAAUCCUCACAGUCCAUUUCGGCUCUCGCCCGGUCAUAUUCGUCUCCUCCGAUUCCCUCUCCCACCAGGCCUUGGUCCAAAAGGGUGCUGUUUUCGCUGAUCGCACUGAGGCCCUCCCCAUCAGCAAAAUUUUCAGCAGUAAUAAGCAUACCAUCAGCACCGCCUUCUACGGCCCGACCUGGCGCGUUCUCCGCCGCAACCUCACCGCCGAGAUCCUCCACCCUUCGCGGGUGAGAAGCUAUGCUCAUGCACGAAAGUGGGUGCUGGGGAUUCUCCUCUCUAGGCUUACAGGCCACUCGGGACCGGUCCGGAUGGUGGAUCACUUCCGGUAUGCUAUGUUUUGCUUACUGGUGCUCAUGUGUUUUGGGGACAAGCUCAAGGAAAAUCAGAUUCGAGAAAUUGAGACGAUUCAACGAAGAUUGUUAUUGCGUUUUCGUCGCGUCAAUAUCUUCAGCUUCUGGCCGAGGUUGCGAAUGCUAUUGUUCCGAAAGCAUUGGGAGGAGGCAUUGCAGCUGCGCAAGGAUCAGGAAGGGGUUAUACUUCCACACAUAAGAGCCAGACAGCAGCUAAAGCAACAACUUCGAAGCAAAGAACAAGAAGACGACAGCGACCCAGGUUCCUCUUCCUCCUCAACUGAAUAUGUCUUGUCGUAUGUGGAUACUUUGCUGGAUCUGCAACUGCCGGAAGAAGAAGAGAAGAGAAAGCUUAGUGAAGGAGAGAUGGUUAGUUUGUGCUCGGAGUUUCUGAACGGCGGUACUGAAACUACAUCCACUACACUGCAGUGGAUCAUGGCAAACCUGGUGAAGCACCCGCAUAUUCAGGCCAAGCUUUUUGAGGAGAUUAGUGGGGUUGUGGGGGAAGGAGGGGAGGAGGUGAAGGAGGAAGAUUUGCAGAAGAUGCCAUACUUGAAGGCAGUGAUACUGGAAGGCCUGAGGCGGCAUCCUCCAGCCCACUUUCUGUUGCCUUAUUCGGUGACCCAAGAUGCAACCUUGGAAGGGUUUGCGAUACCAAAAAACACUCUAGUGAAUUUUAUGGUAGCGGACAUGGGUUGGAACCCAAAGAUUUGGGAUGACCCAAUGGCGUUCAAGCCGGAGAGGUUCAUGAACAGCAAAGGUAAUGGAGUGGAAGCAUUUGAUGUAACUGGGAGGAAGGAGAUCAGAAUGAUUCCAUUUGGUGCUGGAAGGAGAAUUUGUCCAGGGUAUGAACUAGCCAUUCUGCAUUUGGAGUACUUUGUGGCCAAUUUGGUGUUGAAUUUUGAAUGGAGAGCUGUGGAUGGAGAUGAAGUUGACUUAUCAGAGGAGCAGGGAUUCACAGUAGAAAUGAAGAAUCCAUUGCAGGUUCAUUUGUCUCCUAGGAGGAAAUAAAAUUAAUCGAAGUGUUAAGGACUAGGAAGGGUGUUUGAUAAAUCAACUGUAUUGACUUAAGGUAAUUUAAUAAUUUAAUGACUUAAUUUA